AUGGCUCCCAAAGUUCUCGUUGUCCUCACCUCCGUGGACAAGAUCCCCGGCCACGACCACCCCACCGGCUGGUACCUCCCUGAAUUCGCACACCCCUGGCAAAUCCUGCAUGACGCCGGCGUCGAAAUGACCAUCGCCUCGCCCAAGGGCGGCGAGGCACCGCUCGACCCCAGUUCCGUCAAAAUGUUCGAGUCGGACGAGCUCUCGGUCAACUUUCACAAAAACCAGCAAGCACUGUGGAAGAACACUGAGCGUCUCGCUGAAAUCGUGCCAAAAGCGCACGAGUAUGAUGCCAUUUUCUACGUUGGUGGACACGGCCCAAUGUUCGACCUCGUCAACGACCCCGUCUCUCUCUCACUCAUCCAAACUUUUGCAUCCGCCAAAAAACCCGUCUCGGCCGUCUGCCACGGUCCCGCUGUCUUCGUCAACGCAACCACCCCUUCUGGCGAGCCGCUAAUCAAAAACUCCACAGUGACGGGCUUUUCCAACGUCGAGGAGAAGCAGGUUCAGCUGGACCACUUGAUGCCCUUUUUGUUGGAGGACAAGCUCAACGAGGUCUCCGGUAACAAGUUUGUCAGCGCCGAGCAGCCCUGGGGUGAGCGUGUUGUCGUUGAUAAGACGCACCAGCUUGGCGGGUUGUUGAUUACUGGGCAGAAUCCGGCCAGUGCUGGUGGUGUAGGUAAGGAGUUGUUGAAGGCUCUGGGGGUUUAG